AUGAAUCAGUUAUCAUUUGAACGCCAUACGAAGACGUUCAAGACAGAAAUCGUGAAGAUAUUAUUUACCAAAGCAAUAGAAACAUUCGUCGUACCAGAUACAAAACGAUUUAAAAGACAUUGUGGCGCUUAUGAAAAACAUUGUGAAGAUAUUUAUUGGCAUGCUGAUUCCAUCACGGCAAUUCAAAUGAUUAAUGACAUUAAAACAUUCUAUGAAACUGAUUUGGCAACAAAGAAAUUCUUCAACAGUAAUGGAAACGACGUGAAUCUUUGCGAAGUGUUGGGAGAAUUUUAUCAAGCUAAAAGUGAACAGAUGACGUUGUCAAAAUGCAUAAGAUUCAAAGCAUCGCAAUUGCUUUAUUGUCAUGGUGAUAUGGAAGAUUUUCGUAAUUAUUCAAAUAAACCAAAAUUAGAGAGAAUUGAAAGUCUAGUGAUAUGUCAUCAUAAUAAACAUUCUUUCCACUCGAAACUUUUAAAGUAUUUCACUCACAUUCAACGUCUUUAUAUUGGACACAGUUUACUUGAAGAAUUGCUGGUGAAAUUACCAAAACUUGAAAAUCUUAAAAUCGUCAACAUUACUCGCACUCAAUUGCACUUAAUUACUCCCGAUUUUUUCUCAGAUCUUCAUUCAAUUCAACUAAUUGACUUGCGUUAUAACAAGUUCGACUACAUCGAACGUUUAUUAUUUCAUACUCAUGAACAUGUGAAAUUAUUUUUGUUUGGAAAUAAUUGGAAUUGCACAAAGAACCUUAAAUGGAUGGUGUCGCAUUCACAUGACAAUACAUCAUCACAUCGUUUGGAGAUUUUUGAUCGCUACAGCCUCAAUUGUACUGAUCCAAAAUAUCGUGCUCGACCAGUACUUACAGUUAUGAGUCACAAAAUGACUCUCUUCAAAGCAUGUCAUGAAGAUCCCGAACUUAAAAAUUGCACAUGUCACAUCAGUUACUUGAGAUUUCAUGAAGAAAAUAAUGAAUUCAAGCCAAUGUUUUCUGUCAAUUGUUCUAGUGCUGGAUUCGUGAACUUUCCAAGAAAACUUCCAGACAACACAACAACUUUAUUCUUCACGCACAACAAAGUGAAAUCAUUGAAUAUGCUAUGUACAAGGAACUCAACAUACAACGACGUUCACGACAUUUAUCUUGAUUAUAAUGAGAUCACCGAUGUUUCAGUGCUUGACAAUUGUGAAUGGUUUUUAAAGUUUCGAAUCUUGAGUCUUAAGGGAAACAAAUUGGAGACAAUACCGAACUACGCUUUUAAAAACAGCUUUGAAAAGUCACAUCAUGCAAUGAAACUUUACCUUAGUGACAACCCUUGGUUAUGCAGUUGUCGUCUUCAGCCAAGAUUGCUCAAACUUUGUCAAAAAUAUGAAUUGAUUGUCGAUCAAAAGCGAAUGUUUUGUUUGAGUAAGAAGAACGAUGACGAUAUUUAUGGUCGUCCUUUGAUGGAACUAACAAAAACUGAUGUCUGUAAACACAAGGAGUUUCCACUUAAUAAUUACGAGAUUAUGUCGAAUUAA